AUGGAAAAACAGCCUGAUCAUGAGAUCAGCCAGACGGGCAGUAGCCUGGAAACCGCAGUACCCGAGAUCGAGAUCAACGAGAAGCGAGAGAAGGCGCUUCUGCGCAAGAUCGACCUGCAUCUCAUGGUGCCGCUCUGGGUCAUCUUCGUAUUUGGCUUCCUCGAUCGAAUCAACCUGGGGAAUGUGGCGGUGCUGGGGAUUCUCAAGGAGUUGAAAAUGGACGGCAAUGAUAUGGCGCUUGCCAUGCAGAUCUUCUUCGUCCCGUAUAUCAUCGCGGAUAUCCCGAGUAAUAUUGUUCUUAAGCGGUUUGCGCCGUCCACCUGGAUCAGUGCUUUGACUUUUUGCUGGGGUAUAACAUGCAUGUGUCAGGGCCUCGUGAAGAACAAAGCCGGCCUGGUCGCCUGUCGCUUCUUCCUGGGUCUAUGCGAAGCAGGCUUCGUUCCCGGCUGCGCAUACCUGAUGUCCAUGUACUACUGCCGUCAUGACUUCCAGAAGCGGUUCUCGCUGCUUUGGGUAGCCGGCUUGGUCGCCGGUGCCUUUGGCGGCUUACUAGCCUACGCUCUCGACCAUAUGCACGGGCUGGCAGGCUACUCAGGGUGGCGGUGGAUCUUCAUCAUCGAAGGCCUGCUGUCGAUUGCCUCGGCGUUGCCCGCCAAAUUUCUCAUCGCCGACUGGCCCGAGCAAGCUCGCUUCCUCAAUGCCGAGGAGAAGGCUCUGCUCAAGGAACGCAACGCGCGGGAUCUAGGCGGACACGACGGGGCGAGGAUGGAUCGCCUGGAUGGCGCCGCGUGGUGGCGGAUCAUGUCCGACUGGAAGAUCUACGUCGGUAGCCUGAUCUACAUCAGCAUCACCGUGUCGGGGUACGCAACGGCCCUGUUCAUCCCGUCCAUUGUAAACUCGCUCGGCUACUCCGGCAUCGACAGCCAGAUCCACAGUAUCCCCGUCUGGGCCGUCGCCGCGGUCGUGACCUUGAUCGUCUCGUACCUGACGGACCGGAUGCGCCAUCGCUACGGCUUCAUCAUAUUCGGUGUCCUCUUCGCCAGCAUCGGGUAUAUCAUCCUCCUCUGUCAAGGUCCUCUCCCGCAAUUCGGGGGCCUGAACGUGCAUGUGCGGUAUAUGGCCGUCUUCUUCGUGACCACGGGGUGCUAUAUCGUCCAGCCGGUGGCGAUCGUCUGGAUGGCGAACAACCUGGGCGGGCACUAUAAGCGUGCUAUUGGCCUGGCUAUUCAAAUUGGAUUCGGAAAUAUUGGAGGCAUUAUUGCAAGUAACAUCUUCAACAAGGAUGGAGCGCCGCGGUAUCUCGUCGGAUAUGGUGUGUCUCUGGCGAUGAUGGUGCUCUGCGGGAUCAUGAGUACGGUGUUUGCUGUUGGGGUCGUGAUGGAGAAUAAGAAACGGGAUGAAGGCAAGAGGGACUAUCGGUUGAAUUUGGAUCCAAGCGUGCUGGAAAACAUGGGCGAUGAUGACCCGCGAUUCCGCUUCUGUCUUUGA